AUGGCUCCCCAUCAUCUCAAGACUGCGCGGUUGAGCGCAAACGUAGAGUCAAAUCAGAAGGUCACCAGCAUUGUUCAAGCAGUCAUCCAUGCCAUCAGGGACGAAGGUGACAAGGCUGUAAGGACAUACUCCCAGAAAUUCGAUCAUUGGUCUCCGGACUCGUUCAAGCUAUCUCCGGAAGAAAUUCAAAACUGCAUUGCCAAGAUCUCCCCACAGACCGUGCAGGACAUCAAGACUGCCCAAGCAAAUGUUCGCAAGUUUGCCGAAGCCCAGAGGUCUUGUAUCAAGGAUCUCGAGAUCGAGAUACAACCUGGCAUUGUUCUCGGACACAAAAACAAUCCAAUCAACCGAGUCGGCACAUACAUCCCUGGAGGCCGGUAUCCUCUCCUUGCCUCUGCACAUAUGACGAUUACUACAGCCAAAGUUGCCGGAGUAAAGCAAAUCAUCGCAUGCACGCCUCCAAUCCAAGGGCAGCUCCCCAACGCAACCGUUGCCGCAGCUCACUUUGCUGGCGCCGAUGAGAUAUUCAUCCUUGGGGGUACGCAGGCUAUUGCUGCUAUGGCGGUCGGUACGGAGACGAUGAGAAAGGUAGACUUCAUCGCCGGCCCUGGCAAUGCGUUCGUGGCGGAAGCCAAACGUCUUCUUUUCGGAGACAUUGGUAUCGACCUUUUCGCCGGCCCAACCGAGACCCUGAUCGUGGCAGAUGAGCACGCAGACCCAUUCACCGUUGCAACCGAUUUGCUGUCUCAAGCCGAACAUGGUCCGGAUUCUCCUGCCAUACUCAUUACGACAUCGGAACGUGUCGGUAAGGAAACCAUCAGAGUUGUAGACAAGCUUCUUGAGAAUCUGCCGACCGCCGAGGUGGCAGGGGUUGCCUGGAGGGAUUUCGGUCAGGUACUUCUCGUCAAUAGCACCGAGGAGGCUUUCCAGGUUGCGGACGAGUAUUCGAGCGAGCAUGUUCAAAUCCUAACUCAAUGCCCCAAAGAGGCGCUUGAGAAGAUGUCCAACUACGGAGCCCUCUUCCUCGGUGAAAAGACGUGUGUUUCUUAUGGCGACAAGUGCAUCGGCACAAAUCAUGUACUACCAACUCGCAAAGCUGGCAGAUACACUGGCGGCCUGUGGGUGGGGAAGUUUCUGAAGACUCAGUCUUAUCAGUAUAUAUUGGACGACGAUGCGAGCGGUGAAAUGGGAAGACUCUGCGGUAGAUGCUCACGGGCGGAAAAUUUUGAGGGCCACGCCCGGUCCGGCGAUUUGAGAGCACAGAAGUAUCUGGGUGAUGAGUACGAGUGGAUCACGAAGGCACAGGCCGAGUAUUGA